AUGGACGGUUCCUCCCUGCCGAGGACAUGGAACGUCCAGAACCUUAGAAAAAUAAAAAAACCGGAAUUCAUCGGCCGGGUACCUGCAACGGAGGCACUAGACCUCCAUGGCAACCACCUCACCGGCUCCAUCCCCAUGGAGAUCGGAUUGCUGCGAAGGCUCGCUGUUCUUGAUCUUUCAGAGAACAAGAUCUCCGGCGGCAUCCCCAGCUCCAUAGGCAAGCUCGAAAACCUGGUGGUUCUCUACUUGAACCAGAACCGCAUCACGGGAAGCAUUCCGCCUUCCAUCGCCGGUAUGAUCUCGCUGCAGUUCUGUAGGAUGUCGGAGAACCAGCUCACCGGGAGCAUCCCGGAUUCGAUCGGCGGCCUACCUAGCAUCGAGAGACUGAUACUGGAGAACAACAAGCUCACCGGUCAGCUGCCCGCCGCUAUAGAACGCCUCGCCACUCUCACGGACAUCUUCUUCUCCAACAACCGAUUUACCGGUAGGAUCCCUUCCAGCUUCGCCAACCUGGCCAAUCUGCAGACGUUAGACCUGUCGCGGAACCGCCUCUGUGGUCCGAUCCCCGCCGAGCUCUCCCGGCUGCGGAACCUCCAAGAGCUGGAUCUCUCCUUCAACUCCCUGAUGCACUUGGGCAGGCCGCCGAGCUGGCUCGGCCAGAUGAACAUAUUCAAGCUUGUCCUGGCAGACACAGGGAUCUCCGGUCCGCUUCCUGACUGGCUGUCGUCGGCGUCGUCCAUCUCGAUCCUCGACCUUUCCAGCAACGGACUGGGGGGAGAUCUCCCGCAGUGGAUCGGCAACAUGACCGGGCUCUCGUUGCUCAACCUCUCCAACAACGCUCUGCAUUCGGGGAUCCCGGAGGGGUUCAAGAACCUGACGCUGCUGAUGGACCUGGACCUGCACGCCAACGAGCUGUACGGCCGGCUGCGGCCAGUGCUGGCGAAGGGGACGCAGGACCCCUUGGGGCACUACCGGACGCUGGAUCUGUCGCGCAACCGGUUCACCGGGGGGCUUGACGAGGACGUGGGGGAGCUGGCCGCGAUGGACACAGUAGAGAGGCUAGUGGUGUCGCACAACCCAGAGCUUGGCGGCGGGAUACCGGCGUCCAUGUCGAGGCUGGCGGCGCUGAAGGAGGUGGGGAUGGCGGGGAACGGGCUCUCCGGGAGCAUACCUGAGGGCGUACUGGACCUCGCGCGACUGACCGAGUUCGAUGUGUCAGAUAACAGGCUCAGCGGUCGGAUACCGCGCCAUCGGGCUCCCUUGACGGCGGAGGGCUUCAGAGGAAACACGGGGCUCUGCGGCGCGCCUCUCCCGCCAUGCAAGCUGUAGUAACGAGCCAAAGUACACAGGAAGGAGUCUCAGAUUUAAUUUUCCGAUGUCAAGGUGACGGAGAACAAAACAAAAGUUUCUUGUUUGACAAUUCAUGGAAACGUAAGAACGGCUUGCUCUUUUUUUCUUUUUCGUUUUUUUGGGUCCUAUUGUCUAUUAAGGUGAGGAAUCUUAAUAUAUCAAACUAUAUAAUAUAAUAUAAGGCUACAUAGUUACAUA